AUGACACGGCUGGUUUUAUUAUUUCAAUUUUUUUUAUUAAAUAUUUUUUUGAGCACUUAUGUCCUAGCUAAAUAUACCAGGAUUGUCCAAACAGAUAAAGGGAAGGUUCGUGGAAAUAUAUUGGAAACUAUUCAUUUAAAACGUCGAUAUUCAGCUUUCAAAGGUAUACCUUAUGCUGAACCACCCAUUGGAUAUGGACGACGAUUUAGACGUCCUGUACCAGCCAAGCCUUGGAGUAGAGUAUUAAAUGCUACCGAAGAUCCAAAUGAUUGCGCACAAUGGCAAUUUACUUUGAAUCCAAAUGAUCGUCAUAUUGGAAGUGAAGAUUGUCUUUAUUUAAAUGUCUAUACACCAGAAUUAAAUUUUACAAAUCCCCGACCACGAGCUGUUAUGGCAUAUAUCCAUGGUGGAGCCUUUCAGUUUGAAUCCAUUCAUAGUUCAAAGCUUGGUCCAGACUUUUUGAUUGAAAAAGAUGUUGUGGUAGUGGUAAUGAACUAUCGUCUUGGUGUAUUUGGUUUUCUUGCCAUAGCACCAGCUUAUUUUGAUGCUAAUAACGGCUUGAGAGAUCAAGCUGAAGCUCUUCGAUGGAUUCAAAGGAAUAUAAGAAAAUUCGGUGGUGAUCCUGAUAAAGUAACUCUCUUUGGCGAAAGCGCUGGAGCAGCUUCUGUUGAAUAUCACAAACUUUCCCCACAAUCUAAAGAUUUAUUCAGAGCAUCCAUUGCCAUGAGUGGUGCAGCACUAAAUGAGUGGGCAUAUUUCCCUAGCAGACAGUCAGCUUACAUGGGAUGGCAUUUCGUUGGAUCUUUACUCAAUUAUUGGUCUGAUGAAGAAGAUUUAUACAGACAAAUGGUUCACAAAAAUCAAAUCCCAUUCAGACCCACUAACGAAGAUAAAUCAGUGAAAGAUCCAUUUUUACCUUAUCAUCCGUUAAAACUCUAUAGAUCUGGACAAUUCACUGCCAAACCUCAUAUGUUGGGAGUUAUGAAAGAUGAAGGCAUUUCAUUUGUUGCUCUCAUUUCAAUAGUCACUGAUAUUCUGGGUAAUUCAUUUACAAAAAGAUUAUCAUCAUCAUUGACUGAUGUCUUUUUUAUCAAGGAUAUAGAUUUGACUCAACGUUUUCUAAGUACCCACAGUAAAGCACCAGUUUAUUAUUAUAUGAAUUCUUUUGACUAUGAUCAAGCUUUGCACAAAGUUGAUGCGAUGAAAUCUAAACCUGGUGCUGGUCAUGGUGAUGAUAUUGCUCAUAUAUUUUGGGUGAACAAUAAACGUCAGCCAAUAGAUCCUAAUAGUGAUAUUGGUAGACAUCGGCAGAGAAUGGUGACUAUGUGGACGAAUUUUGCUAAAUAUUUAAAACCAAUUCUAAAUGAUGACCAUAACUUAGGUAAUGUCAGUUGGGAAGAAUCAGGCACAAACGGUGGUUAUUUAGAUAUCAAUAGAAAUUUAAUUUUCCAUGCUAACAGUAGACCUAUAAGUGAGAAUACUGCGAAAAUGGAGUAUGACCGAGCAAUCCAUGGAGAAUACUAA